AUGAUCCAAAGCACUGUAUUUAACUAUUCCAAAUCUUCAAAGAGCAUAAUGCUUGUGGUACUUUCUGUAAAACGCAGAAGUUCUAAACUUGGAAUCAGAUUAUCCAAUGAAAACAAACAAGCUUUUAGUAAUGGAAAAAAUGACUUAACAGAAGAGCAGAAGCUAGCAGAAAAGCAGACUGGCUUUAAAUGUCAAGGGUGGGUUAAAAAGCGGAAAAAAUGCCACGGUAAUUUUGAAUUAAGGUUUAAUAUAUAUAGUAACCAGGCUCGCCGCGCCACUCCCCACUCGCAGCCCCAUGCCUCGCUCCUCUCCGACAUAGCAAAAAUAUCCAGCCCUAUAGAGACUGAACGGUGCGUCGAGUCUCUAACUGCUGUUUUCCAAAAGCAUGCUGGAAGGGAUGGUAACAACAGCAAACUCUCCAAGGCCAAGUUCCUUAUCUUCAUGAAUACAGAGCUGGGUGCCUUCACAAAGAACCAGAAGGACCCUGGUGUCCUUGACCGCAUGAUGAAGAAACUGGACCUCGACUCUGAUGGACAGCUAGAUUUCCAAGAAUUUCUUAAUCUUAUUGGCGGCCUGGCCAUAGCUUGCCAUGACUCCUUUAUUAAGUCAACCUCUUCCCAGAAGUAA